GUUUCUGAGUUAAAAACUGCACGUGUGUCUAAUUUGUUGCGAAUAAUUUUAAGAUUUAAUUUGGGUUGCAUGGACACUCGUUGGUAUGUAUGUGCUGUGUGUUUGAAAUGUAGGUCUCACGCAUUAACAACAUGAUUUGUGAUCACGUACAUAACAGGUUUUCUGCGUCCACCAUGCCAUAUUUGGGAAGUGAGGACACGGUGAGAGACCUGAGGAAAGCUUUGGCCAACCCCCAUGUCCAGUCUGACCAGCUGCGUUAUAGGAACGUCAUUCUUAAAGUCAUCAGGCUGAUGUCGCAGGGUUUGGAUGUCUCCAGCCUGUUCAGUGAGAUGGUUAAAGCAUGUGCCACAGUAGACAUUGUCCAGAAGAAGCUGGUCUAUGUCUUCUUGUGCUCCUACGCCUCUUUGAAUCCAGAGCUGUCUCUGCUGGUCAUCAACACAUUGAGGAAGGACUGUCAGGAUUCAAACCCGAUGGUUCGCAGCCUGGCUCUCAGGAACAUGACCAACCUGAGGUUGCCCGGUUUGAUGGAGUAUGUGGAACAGCCUCUCACAGCAGGACUGAGGGACAGAGCAGCUUGUGUGCGACGGGUUGCUGUGUUGGGCUGGGCCAAACUGCACAAUCUCCAGCCGAAUUCUGAAAUAGAUGCUGUGGUGGUGAAUGAGUUGUACAGUCUUCUCAGGGACACUGAUCCUGUAGUGAUGGUGAACUGCCUUCGAGCUUUGGAGGAGAUACUGAAAGAGGAAGGAGGGGUUGCUAUCAACAAACCCAUUGCUCAUCACCUCCUCAACAGGCUGAAGGAUUGUGACGUGUGGGGUCAGAGCGAGGUGCUUAAGUUCCUCCAGCGCUACCAACCUCAGUCUGAGGAUGAGCUCUUUGAUAUCCUCUCCAUGCUGGACAGCUCCUUGGUCAGUCCCCAUCCCACCGUCAUGGCAUCCACUCUUAGCCUCUUCCUCAGCCUGUGCUGGGCCUUGCCCGCAGUCAACCUGGCUGCCCUGGAACGAGUACGGGUUCCCCUGCUUGCCGCGUGUGGGAGUGCCUCCAGAGAAAUCAGGUUCACUGUGCUCUGCCACAUCCAGUUGCUGUUGCGGUCUGUCCCUGGCCUGAUGGGGGCACACUACAAACGUUUCUUCUGUGGCUAUGCUGAACCAGCCUAUAUCAAGCAAAGGAAGAUGCAGGUGCUGGUCGAACUGGUAAAUGAUGACAACGUCGCAAUAUUGCUGGAUGAACUGAAAGACUACUGCACUGAUGUCAAUACAGACACUGCCCAAGCUGCAAUAUCAGCUGUCGGUCGUAUCGGGCGGAGCUACAGCGACAGAUGUCUUGUGAUUCUCAUUGGACUGCUCGGCCUUAAACAAGAGAACAUCACUUCUGCUGUGGUGCAGACAAUGAGGGAUCUAGUCUGGGUGUGUCCUCAGUGCAGUGAAACUGUGUGCUCUGCUCUGGAAGGGUGUGAGGAGAUACUGCAGGACAGCCAGGGCAAGCAGGCAUUGCUCUGGUUGUUGGGAACAUAUGGUGAGCGAGUCUCCAGCGCCCCCUACACGUUGGAGGUGUUCAUUGACAAAGUGAGGUGUGAGACAUCUUCGUCAGUCAAGAUGGAGCUACUGACCGCCACCUUGAGGCUGUUUUUGUGCCGUCCCGCUGAAACUCAGGAAAUGCUCGGAAGGCUGCUGCAUUAUGCCAUAGAUGAAGAGACAGACAUGUGUAUACGUGAUCAGGCACUGCUCUAUUACCGCCUUUUGCAAUGUGGGGUUGACGAGACUCGCAAGGUGGUCCAGGGUCGGAGGUCAGACCCCUCCCUUGGUGUUCUUAUUGGCCGUCCCGCAGAGCCUGUAAGGCACUGGGCUCGUGUCUUCAACACACUGAAGCCACUCUGGCAGAGCUUCUCAGAGACUGAAUCAGUCAGAGGCAGAAGCUGUCAAGAUGCAGCAUUUGAGCCCAACUCUGACCUCUCAGACGCCCUUACCUCAUGUCAGCUUGAAAGUGUUCAGACAGAGAGUGCCGACGAGCGCACACCAUCGCCUGCAGGCGCCCUGUCGACCAGCACCAUUGUCCCUCUCAGCUUGCUUCCAACUUUAACUCCAGGAGAGUUUGAGAAUCUGUGGCUGCGAGGCAACAUGCAGUCAAACACAGUCCGGGGUGCUGAGCAAGCUGUGGAGGAAGAGGAUGUUUUUUGUCUGACAACACAUGUCCAGUGUGGUAAUGUCACCCAGUCUUCGCCACAAAGCUUUCAGGCUGCAAUGCAGCUGGUCAACAUCCAGAUACUAGCCUUUACACCAUCAGACACACUCCCCUGGAGGGUCUACCUGUACACACACACUCAAGCCCCUCCUCGCACAACACUCAUACUAGGAGAGUUACUUUAUACCGGGAAACCAAAUGAAGAGGGAGGUGCACAGGAUGGCACCAGAGAUGACGAGAAUGCGGAGAAAACAAUGGUGGGGAGACAAACGGGGAAAAAGGUAAAUAAUGAAGAGGAAGAUGCAUCAGGAAUUAGGAACAGCGGUGAGUUGGCAAAGGACAAUGGACAAAUAGCAGAAGUAAAAGUGACUCUAAAGCAGCAACCGAGAAAUGGCAAAGCUCUGAGGGGUUUCCUCUCUGUACUCAUCACUGUACUGCAUACGCUGUCUUCAGAGAGGGAAUGACUGUGCAUCACUCAAAGGCAACGCAGUGGAUGAGAGGUUGACGCUACACCAAGGUUGUGAGUGUGUUUUAUGAGUGAAUUUUGCAUGUUCUUGCUGUGCUUGUGCGGGUUCUCUCCAGGUGUCGUAUCUUAAUGCAAAAACAUUUACUGUACAAAAGGUUCACUGAAAACUUACAGGUAAAGCCGUAGGUAGUUCUCUGUCCUGUGA